AUGAAGGCAGCCGGCCUCAAAGCAAUCGACACAGUUGUCUCAAGUACCGCAGUCCUAGUCAAAUCCCGCGACUCCAAUAACAAGCUUGUGGAACUGAUCACCUCCCGCAUCCGUGGUGUGAUCACCGCUAAGAAAUUUGUGUUGUGCCAGUACAACAUCCCCCGGUCUGAGUUGGCCACCGCGUCUAAAAUCACACCUGGAAAGCGCGCACCCACUAUCACUGCCCUCGAGGAAGAGGGCUGGGUUGCUGUUAGCUCUAUGGUUGAGAAGAAGCAGAUUGCGACUGUUAUGGAUGAGCUGAUCCAGGUUGGAGCUACUGAUAUUUUGGUUAUGAACAUUGCCAACUCGCGAACGGAUUAG